GUAUUUUUCUGCUGUAGUAAAUAAAGACUUCUUCCACCACUGCUGACUUACCUAACAUUAAUUAAGUGUUAAUUUAUUCCAGUUUGCGGGCCUUUAAAUACACCCAGGCACUCCCAGUCAGCUCCUCUGCGUCAGUCACAAGGUCCAGACGUCUCUGAUCCACUUCCCUCUGUGGGCCAGGGCGUACUUUACCUCCCCUUUCUUGUGCUCCGCCACCCAACUCAUUCCCAACUCUCUUUACUUCUCCCUCGGCUGUCCUGUGCUUCUCCCCUUUCGUCCCGCGGUCCUCUCCAUUACGGUGGAUUCAUGCUCAGCUCUCGCCCUCCUCGGUCGCCAUGCAGAACAACCACAAUAAGGAGCAUCUCUAUAAGAUCCUUGUGAUAGGGGACCUCGGGGUCGGUAAGACCAGCAUCAUCAAACGGUAUGUCCAUCACAACUUCAGCCCCAACUACCGAGCCACCAUCGGGGUGGACUUCGCCCUCAAAGUGCUCAACUGGGACCAGGAGACUGUGCGCCUUCAGCUGUGGGACAUUGCAGGUCAAGAGAGGUUUGGCAACAUGACCCGUGUGUACUACCGUGAGGCCAUGGGUGCCUUCAUUGUGUUCGAUGUCACAAGGCCCGCCUCCUUUGAGGCCAUCACCAAAUGGAAGGAGGACUUGGAUUCCAAACUGACACUUGCUAAUGGGAAACAUGUAGCCACUGUGCUAUUGGCUAACAAAUGCGACCAGGGUCGGGACGUACUGACCAAUAACGGAAUAAAGAUGGAGCAGUUCUGCCAGGAGAACGGCUUUGUGGGAUGGUUUGAGACAUCUGCUAAGGAAAACAUCAACAUCGAUGAAGCAGCGAACUGCUUGGUGAAACACAUCAUUGCCAGUGAGAAUGACAUGCUCCAGUCUGAAGUCUCUGACACCAUCACCCCCCAGUUAGAGAAGGACAAAGGCGGGACAUGCUCCUCCUGCUUCAGAUCCCAGUAACAUCUCCUGACAGUUGGAUGUCCUUUUGUAUCUCAUUACACUCAAAGUUUGUCUGUGAGCUAGAGAGAGGGAGAACUACUUUUUCUUUUUUAGGAAGAAUGCAUGGGUGCCAACUCUUUUCCGGUUUAGUGGUGUGCAGGGAAGGUUAGUGAAGGAAGGAGAGAGAGCCAGCUCAAGAAAUGGUUGGAUUGAAGCAGAAAUGGAUGCAGCUGUGUGCUUGUCAAAGGCAAGGUCACCCUCUGGGCGACUUCAGCCUUAACUCUGCCACUUCGGUAACCAUGGAGACACAGUUAAUGAACACAUGCAGACAGUAUAUCUUGCACUAAAGGUCCAUGGAGGUAAACUCUAUUUACAAACCAGGGUACUUGUCUCUCUUUCUCCCCUUUUUUCUCUUCUCCAUCUCAGUCUCGAGCCCAGUCUUUUCUCUCUCUUUGAGUUUGUCUGUGCUCACUUCUUUCUCCUCGUUUUCUGUAUUCUGGACUAAUAAGCAGACAAAAGCUCUUUAUUUUACAGGUCCCUUGAUUUUAUACUCCCUGCCUGGAAAUUUGAGUAAAUUGCAGGUAUAUUACGGUUAAUUGUUAGAACAUUUUACAGAGACUGUGGUGCAAUUUGGUACAAAUUAUAUGAAAAAACAGAAAAAGGUGUUAAGUUGGUUUAGUUGGUAAGUGCCCAGUUAUUAUUUUUGGAUUCAUAUUGCAGAAAUUCUGUUCAGUGUGUAAUUUUGUGAAAUCAUCACUAAUCAUUUGAUUAUACACUAAUCAAAUGAAAAUAAGAAUUGUUGUGUUUUUGUUACAUUAUAAUGAGCCCUAUAUAUUUACUGCCUGCCAUGUUGAGGGCUUUUCGCAUUUUUCGCAAGUUUUGCGGCCACUGUAGGUUCUCCUACAUGCUUGGAAGGGGAGGGGUAUUCAGUUUGUUGCAAUCUGCAACCUCACCGC